CGCCGGAAUGUUCCGAAACAGUCUGAAGAUGCUCCUCUCGGGGAAGAGGAAGAGCAGGAACAGCAGCGAUGGCGGGAACGAGGACGCCACCGCGGGAGACGCCCAUCGCACCGCCAGCCUAGACCCACACCUCUACGCCUUCACUGGACAAGGUGGCAGUGUCGACAGUGACUGUGCCGUGUUCGGGGACCCGGACUACGCGGUGCCCCCUCCGCUGGCCAUGAUGGAGGGACUGCAGCACGUGCGCAUGAUGGAGGGCGUGUCCCGGUCGCUGCCUUCCUCGCCGCUAUUGGCUCAUCAGCAGCAGCAUCAUCAGCAGCAUCAUCAUCAGCAUCAGUACCAGCAGCUUCAGCAUCAACAUCAGUACCAGCAGCAGCAGCAGCAGCAGCAGCAGCACGCCGGGGUGCGACUGCAGCCUGGAUGCAGGAUCGCCGGCACAGGGGGGGUGAGUGAGGAGCUGGGCCCCCCUCCCUCGGUGGACGAGGCGGCGAGCACGUUGAUGACACGCCUGGGCUUCCUGCUCGGAGACAAAGCCAGCGACAGCAUGGAGGAGCCCGAAGAUGCACAGGGCGUGUGUGUGACCCAGAGGUUGAGCCCGUGCUCCACGUUGACCAAUAGCACAGCUUCCCCUCCCGCCUGCAGCCCCUGCAGCACGCUGCCCCUCCCCCUCACCAGCACAGGCCACGCCCCCCUUACCAGCCCCACCUCCACGCUGGAGAGCAGAGACAGCGGCAUCAUAGCGACCCUGACCAGUUACUCAGAGAGUGCGGACCGCAGCAGCAGCAGCGGAGGCAAGUACAGCAGCAGCAGCAGCAGCGGUGGCGAUGCUGGAGGCGGUAGUCGUGGCAACAUGAAGCUGUGGCAUUCGCAGCGCUCCACGCUGGACUCGGGCCUGUACCGAUUGGACGAGAACAUGGCCGCCUCCUCCUGCAGCCUCAACAAGGUGCCCAUUGGACGCUCGCUCGAGGCCGACCACGCCCACACCUACGCCGGCCCCACGCAGCCCUACCUCACGCCGCGGCCCAACUCUGUCGCUGCCACUAGUUCUGCUCACCUGGAGGACCUGGCUUACCUGGAUGACCAGAGACACGCCCCCCUCCGCACCUCGCUCCGCCUCCCGCGCCAGAGCAGCGCGGCCGCACGCACCGCACAGGACAUGAGGGUGCGCUUCGCUCCGUACCGCCUGCAGGACAUCACCCUGAAGCCCCUCCUCUUCGAGGUGCCCAGCAUCACCAUGGACACGGUCUUCACGGGCCGUGAUUGGCUCUUCCAGGAGGUCGACGCCCAGCUGUGCGGCGCCCGGAGCCGCUCGGGCCAGUCGGCGCGCGGCGUGGUGAUCGUGGGCAGCAUCGGCUUCGGCAAGACGGCCAUCGUCUCGCGCCUGGUGGCGCUCAGCUGCCAUGGCAACCGCAUGAGGCAAAUCGCCUCCGACAGCCCCCACGCCUCGCCCAAACAUGGCGAUGGCGUGCCCCUGUCACAGCCCCACCCGUCGCACGGUACCCUGGGAGGCAGCUGCCCCAGCACCCCCGAAAUGAGGAGGAGACAAGAGGAGGCCAUGAGGAGAAUAGCAGCUCAGGUUGUGGCGUACCACUACUGCCAGGCGGAUAACGCCUACACGUGUCUGGUUCCCGAGUUCGUCCACAACGUGGCGGCUCUGCUGUGUCGCUCGCCCCAGCUGUCGGCCUACCGCGACCUGUUGCUACGUGACCCCUCGCUACAGAGCACGCUCAGUCUGCGCGCCUGCGUGCAGGAGCCGCUCCUGGCGUUCACUAGAGGAGUGUUGCAGCCACUGGACGUGCUGGCCAGAGAGAGGAAGAUCAACAUUGAUGAGGAUCUGAUCAUCCUGAUUGACGGCCUGAACGAGGCGGAGUUCCACAAGCCGGACUACGGAGACACCAUCGUCUCCUUCCUCUGCAAAACCAUCGACCGCUUCCCCCCCUGGCUCAAACUGGUGGUCACUGUCAGAGCCUCACUGCAGGAGAUCACCAAGCCCCUGCCCUUCCACCGCAUCUCGCUGGACGCGCUGGACGACAACGACGCCAUCGACGGCGACCUGCAGAGCUACAUCCUGCACCGCAUCCACAGCAGCCCCGAGAUCCAGAGCAACAUCUCGCUGAACGGCAAGAUGGACAACGCCGCCUUCUCCAAGCUCAGCGCGCACCUCAAGGCCCUGAGCCGAGGCUCCUACCUCUACCUGAAGCUGACCUUCGACCUGAUCGAGAAGGGCUACUUGGUGCUCAAGAGCUCCAGUUACAAGGUGGUUCCAGUAAACCUGGCGGAGGUGUACCUUCUGCAGUGCAACAUGAGGUUCCCCACGCAGUCGUCAUUCGAGAGGGCUCUACCCCUGCUCAACGUGGCGCUGGCAUCCCUACACCCGCUAUCGGACGAGCAGAUAUACCAGGCGAUAAACUCGGGCAGUGUGCGCGGCCCUCUGGACUGGGAGGACUUCCAGCAGCGGAUGGACAACCUGUCGGUGUUCCUGGUGCGGCGGCGGGACGGCACGCGCAUGUUCGUGCACCCUUCCUUCAGAGAGUGGCUCAUAUGGAGGGAGGACGGGGAGAAGACCAAGUUCCUCUGUGAUCCCAGGAAUGGCCAUACUCUGCUAGCCUUCUGGUUCUCUCGCCAAGAGAACAAGCUGAAUCGACAGCAGACAAUUGAGCUGGGGCACCACAUACUCAAAGCACACAUAUUUAAGGGCCUGAGCAAAAAGGUCGGGGUCUCCUCGUCCAUCCUGCAGGGGCUAUGGGUUUCGUACAGCACAGAGGGGUUGUCUACUGCACUCUCAUCACUACGCAACCUCUACACACCCAAUAUAAAGGUGUCUCGGCUGCUGAUGCUGGGCGGUGCCAACGUGAACUACCGUACGGAGGUGCUGAGCAACGCGCCCGUGCUGUGCGUGCACUGCCACCUGGGCUACGCCGACAUGGUGGGGCUCCUGCUGGAGUACGGGGCGGCCGUGGACGCGCCCUCCCAGACCGGGCUCACCCCUCUGGGCUACGCCUCCGCAGCGGGACACCUGAGCAUCGUCACCGCACUGUGCAGACGCAAGGCUAAGGUGGAUCACCUGGACAAGAAUGGCCAGUGUGCGUUGGUGCACGCGGCCCUGCGUGGCCACUUUGAGGUGGUGCAGUACCUGCUCCAGUGUGAUUGGGGCUAUGACAAUAACAACGCCACGGGACUACAGCAACACGCACAGCACGCCUUCACCAGGACUCAGGCCAUACAGCAGGCUCUGGUGGCGGCCGCUAGCAUGGGAUAUGCAGAGAUCGUAUCCUUCCUCCUCGAGCUUCCAGGCAAGGAUGAGGAUGACCUUGACCGUGCUCAGAUCAACAACUACGACACCUUGUGGGGAGAAACAGCCCUGACUGCAGCGGCUGGGCGGGGCCGCCUGGAGGUAUGCAGGCUCCUAUUGGAGCAGGGGGCCCUGGUCACCCAGCCCAGCCGCAGGGGAGGACUUCCACUCUUCAGCAGCGUCAAGCAGGGGCACUGGCAGGUGGUGGAGCUGCUCCUGAGUCACGGUGCAGAGGUCAACCUGGCGGACAAGCAAGGUCGCACACCUCUCAUGAUGGCCGCGUCAGAAGGACACCUGGACACAGCAGAAUACCUACUGGCACAGGGGGCGUCUCUGACCAUGACCGAUAAGGAGGGGCUUACGGCGCUGAGCUGGGCGUGUCUAAAGGGGCACUUGCCCGUGGUUCGCUGCCUGGUGGAAAGGGGCGCGGCCAUGGACCACACUGACAAGAACGGACGCACGCCAUUGGACCUCGCCGCAUUCUAUGGCGAUUCCGAAGUGGUCCAGUUCCUGGUUGAGCAGGGUGCCUUGGUGGAGCAUGUGGACUACAGUGGCAUGAGGCCUCUGGACCGUGCGGUGGGAUGCAGAAACUCAUCCGUGGUCGUGGCACUGCUGAAGAAGGGAGCCAAGAUCGGUCCCGCCACCUGGGCCAUGGCCACCUCCAAGCCGGACAUCAUGAUCAUCCUGCUGAGCAACCUAGUGGAGGAAGGGGACGGAUUUUAUAAGAAAGGCAAGGUGAAGGAGGCUGCGCAGCGCUACCAGUACGCCCUGAAGAAGUUCCCCCGCGAGGGCCUCAACGAGGACCUCCGGGCCUUCCGGGAGCUCAAGGUGUCCCUGCUACUCAACCUCUCACGCUGCCGCAGGAAAAUGAACGAUUUCGGCAUGGCUGAGGAGUUUGCCACUAAAGCGCUGGAGCUGAAGCCCAAGUGCUAUGAGGCGUUCUAUGCCAGAGCUCGCGCCAAGCGGAGCAGCAGGCAGUUUGCGGAGGCGCUGGAGGACCUGAGGGAAGCCAUGCGGCUGUGCCCCAACAACCGCGAGAUCCAGCGGCUACACCAGCGCGUCGAGGAGGAGCACCACCAGACCAGCCAACCGGAGGAGCCCGAGGAGGUCAUCUUACCCCCGCCCCCGUCCCCGCCCCCUUCGCCACCGCCGCCUCCCAUGGACGAAGAGGGCGAGGAGCGGGACAUUCCCGUUCCUGUUCCCCUCCCGCUUCCUGUUCAUGUCCCGCCCCCCGAGCCGCGAUUGGACGACAUGGAGCCGGUGCAGGACCUGUUUGAGGACGAGGACUACCUGGAGCAGGAGCUGGAGAACGCCUCCAUUGGCCUGACCAGCCUGCCAAUCAUCCAGAGCCCGCCCCUCUCCCCGUCCCACCACCACCAGCACCACCAGCACCACCAUCACCUCCAGCAGCACCACCACCAUCAUCCCGCCCACCUGGACUCCUCCUCGGCCUAUCACCUGUCGAGCGGCCAGGCCUUUGACUACCACCACCAGAGCCAUUCGUCCAUGUCCUCCCCCACCCGCCACAGCUACCAAUCAGCAUCGCCGCCCCUGUCCCCCACGCACCACCACCACAACUCCCACUCGCACCCCCUCUACCACCAACACUCCAGCAGAGCCAGCCCUCCCUUGCACAGAGACACCUCUCCUGGCGACCAGCAUGCGUACCGGUUCAGCCCCCCACCACCCCCACCUCCCUCCUCCUCCCAGGGCAUGGACUACCACAGCCCCCCACCCUCCCCUCUCAGGCGCAACACCCCCUACAGGGCAAGUCCUCCGCUAGAGACCGUCUGCAUGUACCGCUCCCAGUCCGGCUCCCCCGGACGCUACCAGUCCGACCCGGUGGUACCGGUCCCACUACCCUCGGGCCCUCUACCGGUCCCCGUGUCGCUACCGUCCCGGCCCAAGUCUCCCCUGUCCAAGAUGGCCAGCCAGCGCUCCUUCCAGCUCCAGUCGCAGCCCUCCCAGUGCUCCUCCCAGUCCCCCCAGCAGCAGCAGCAGCAGUCCCAGCACCACAACCACCGCCUGCAGCCCUCCAUGGCCCAGAUCGUGCGCACCAACAGCCAGCAAGGGGGCGGCAACGGUGGCUACGGAGGAGGGGGAGGAGGGGGCGGCAUGGGGAGCCAGCUGACGCCGCACCCGCUCAACAGCAGCCGAUACCAGGGCACGUCGAUGGACGAGAGAGGCCUGGGCGUGGAGAGGAGCCUGGGGGUGGAGAGGGGCGGGUUGGUGUACCAGCCGUCGCUGGACGGACGGCCCAUGCCACCUCUGCAGGUGCAGUCCAGCCUGAGCGCGGGGGCGCUGUGUCAACACGGGGGUAGGGGAGGCGGGGUGAACCCGAUGGGGGUGAUGGAGGCGGACUUGACCCCCCAGCAGCGACCCACCUCCGCGUACCCCAGGCAGGGAGGCGGAGGUGGAGGAGGAGGAGGAGGAGGAGGAGGUCCGAGCGGGGGGUUGCGGUUUAGCCAGACCCCGCAGAUCAGCCGGAGCCAGUCGGCGGCGUACUACCCGGUGUCGAAGCACGAUUUGGACCGGGAGCGGGAGCGGGUGGUGGCGCAGUCCGGAGUGCAGGUGUGUCAGCUGGGGUCGCCAGAGAUCCCACACCUGGUGCGCAGACCGAUCAGUGCCAGCCCCAAUGAGGUCAAGCAGCACAUGUCGGCGCCCCGGCCCCUGAUCCACUCCCAGAGCGUCAGCAUGCGCUUCUCCCCGUCCAGCAGCAGCAUCUCCGGGGGCGGCUCGGCCUGUAAUCUAGCCCCAGGCUUCAGGCCGGCCUCCUCCAUCAGCCAGAUGGAGAUCCCUCUGCAGCUGGCCUACGACCGCCACGACGACCUGUCCGCCAUCUCGCCCUCCUCGCAGGGCCUGGACGGCCGCGGGGUGGGGGUCGGUGGAGGUGGUGGAGGUGGAGGUGGAGGGUUGUACGGAGGCGAAGGAGCCCGCUCGAGAAGCACCCCUUUCAUGGGCAUCAUCGACAAGACGGCGCGCACGCAGCAGUACCUGCACCAGCCCACCUCGCGCCACGGCGGCUGGGCCAUGACGUCCAUGGACAGCGGUCUGGGAGGCAGCGGCAGCAUCACCAGCCCCACGUCACCCGGCAACCUCAUCCACCAGGCCUCCGUCGCCUCGGCGACCGGAGGGCCCUCCUCCUACAGCCCACCGGCGUCGCUGGGCAACAUCGCCUACUACAACAAGACCAACAACGCGCAGAACGGCCACCUGCUGGACGACGGGGAGUACUACAGCAGCGCAGUGGGCGGCGGCAGCAGCCAAUCGCAGCCCUCGUCGCUGGGCAAACUGGCCAAUGGCAGCGCGCGCGACCGCGACCACCGGGACCACAUGAUGGAGCGGGUCAGCAGCCAGGGCCCCACCUACCAGGACGUGAAGGUGGCGCGCACGCUGCCUGUGGCCCAGGCGUACCAGGAGAGCAUCUACCGCCAGCUGUCCAGGGACAACCGCCAGGCGCCCACCUCGCCCAUCAAGCAGCCAAAGAGACCCUUUGUGGAGUCCAACGUCUGACAACAACUACAACAACAACAACAACAACAACAGCAACAACAACACAGCGCCCCCUCUGGAGCAUGAGCGCCAUGAGGAUGAAGGUGUGUGAAUGAUGACUGUGUGUGUGUGUGUUUGUGUGUUUAUUUGUUGGUUAGUCUGUAUGGUAAGGAGAUGAGGAAACAGUUUGAAGCCGAGAGAGUGAGAGAGAGAGGAGAUUGUAAACAAUUUGCUAACAAAUGAUCUAGGUGGUGAAAACUGUUAUUAUUACAAUUUUGUUUUGUUUACUUUUUUAAAAGAAUGAAUAUAUAUAUAGACGUACAAAUAUAUAUAUAAAGGCACAGAUUAUCAUUGUGAAUGUUAGGCACGAACAGUAGGGGUCGGUGAUCCAAUGAAUAGGGGUCGUGGACCGGACUGGAACCAGAAUUGGUCCAAUGGGAGUCCAACGUUACUCCCGCAGGCCUGCUGUCUCACAGACGAAGACAGCCAAUAGUCAUUGCUGCAAACUGCGACCUGUAGCGGUUAAGUAGCUUACUGUAUGUAUUACUCUUAGUUUAAAACAAGCUUCUCGUCUGUGGCUUCUAAAGUAGUGUAUUACUGGAUUUUACUGUAUUUAAACAGCAAAAAAAGAAAACACGCAACCUCAUGAAUCGACUACUACUGCUACUAGGGCGCCAUGUGAAAGCACAUGAUACUGCUAAAAUCUCAGUACGGCUAUACAGACCCUGAAGAUUAGCAUAAAUACUGAUAAAGACUAGUGGGAUGAGGAGGGGAAAGGGUAGAAAGAGAAUGUGUGUGUAUGUGUGUGUGUUUGUGUGUUGGAAAUGUUGAAUGGGAAUGAGAAACUAGGGCAAUUUAGACUUCUCUGUUUCAUCCAAACUUUUAAAAUAUGGACGAGGAAAACAGACUCGCAUAUGGAAGCUAACGCUGGACUGUGCAAACGCGUAAAGGAGAGAUUCUCUACUAAAUGACUCAGAACUCUGUACUUAAAGAAAACUACUAGAGGAAUCUUUAUACGCCAGUUCCAUAAUGUAUAGAAAUUCGCAUUACGUAAAUUACAUUAUAAAUCCAUAUAUAAGCUUAGCGUUUGUUUUCGUUUGAUCUUCUUUUUUUCUCAUUAGUGGAAAGAAAAAGGGAUGUGUGCAUUGACUGUAACUUUCCACAUUUUAGUCUGUUGAAAACUUGACCACGUCCUAACAUGAAUGUUUUCCACCUAGGAGGACAUGAACAUUUUGAUUUGUUAUAAACUGUUACUGACGUUGAUGAGUCAACUUUUAGCAAUGCUAAUUGCUAAGCUACUGAAGCUAACGGAUAGUCAACUGCUUUUUCCGCACACAUCAGGUGUAACAAAGAGGAUGUUUUGUUUACCUUUUUUGUUGUUGUUUUUUUUUUCAAUUUUUGAUUAAGUUAGAGAUGUGAUGCAGUCAUGCAUUUUAGAAAACACUGGACAGUAUAUUUCUAAAUGAGUUUGUUUCGUUGUAUUAUUAUGGUAUACUUCACUGAUGAACACUGCAAUGAGAUUAAGGUUGAAUGCCUUCCGUGAUCAUAGCACCGAGGACUUACACAAAAAUGUGUAAGUACUGAAAUGUCCUUCGCACAAAUACAGAAAAAUGGAACCAAGGUGUGUUUCAAACUAAAGGAGACAAGAAGCUAUGUAGAAAACAUAUAUAUUUUUCGUUCUUUUAUUAUCCUGAUUAUUAUAAUUAUUAUUAUUAAUACUAUUUUUUGUUGUAAUGGCACAUCUACUGCACAAUUUUUUCUGUGAUGUUUCUUAACCAAGAGCACUUUAUUAAUUUGAAGUAGUAUAUUCUUAUUAAGUUGUUUGAGAGGGCGUAGAUGUUUUUCAGCCUCUGACUUGGUUGUUGAUGGUCGUGGUGGGGGGAGGCAUGCCCCCUCCAUCAUGCAACAGUUCUGAAGGAAAUUAAUCUGUGUUUAUUACUGUAGGUGUAUCUUUUUUUAGAAACUAGCCAACUGUACUUUGUUCUUGGUGCAAUUAAUUGAACUCUGACGCGAACACGUUGAACAAAUGAAUGAGUUGGAGAAAAACAAAUGCGUGACACAAGUGAGUGAAUGGAUGCGAGAGAACAAAUAACGUUAAAGGGAAAACGCAAAACUGUUUGUAAACGUAUGUGUACAUAUAUAGAGAAAGAGCCUUUCUAGACCCCAUUGUAACUGCUGUAAAUAAGAAGUGCGCUAUUACGAUAGUUUUAUUACCCCCCCUUACCCCCAUCUGAAGUGUUUAACCAAGUUUAGCUUGUGAGCCGGUUGUCACGGGAGCACUAAGCGGUUCCAUUACCCAGUAACCACUGCUGCUGCCUAUGUAUUGAGGCCAUAGACAUAGACAUAAUACUAUAUAUACAGUAUGUCUAUGGCAGUGAGGCUCUUAAAGGGGGUUCGCAUCCUCUCAGCACACCUCUCGCUGGCGCCACCCAUGGGUGGACAGUGGAACUGGCCCCUUCAGGACAGGACAGGUCAGCCUAGCUGUACUGUCUGCUGCUAACGAAAACAAAGGAUUGAAAAACUAUAUACGGAAGAAAUAGAGAUAUAUAGCCUACUAUAUAUUGAGAGAGAUGGAUGAAAAGGUGAAUGGUGAGUGUAGACCAGAUCAUUGCCUGCUGAGGAUUUCUAUACUAUAAUGUAAAGGGUUCUCAGUCAACAAGGGAUGUUAGACUACACGAUGGCAUGUAAAAUUUACUUCUCAGCAUCCAAAAAUAACACAGAAACACUUUAUUGUUCUCGAUGAUCUAGCCGUAUGAAAGAUACUAAACUGCUAACAGGUCUUCGACAGUGAUAGCCUACCACUGGCUAUGACUGAAGUGAACUGCAAUACUACUGUGUGGGUUGGGUUGGAACUUUUCGACUAACUAGGAAAUUAAGUCGUUUGUGUUAACUUGCUCAGGAUGUCCUGGGAUCAUCAGGCAGAUAGACAGACAGCCAGCCAGACAGGCAGGCAGGCAGUCAGACUCAGUAACCAUGGAAACGGACCACUAUACCAGACUCUAUAGAGUAUUACUUCCACUGUUCCAGAAACGCCCCAGGUGACACUAAACGAGGACUCGCUCGCAAUGAGCUGGGACAGGUGACACUUGAGAUGUGGUGACAUGGGGACUGUCCCUUUUAUUGGGAUGUUCCCAUGACUGUACUGUCAUUAUCUUUUU